GUUUCCUGUGUGUCACAUGACUCGCGCUCUGCUGUCAUUCAGUAGCUCUUAGCAAAGCACGUCAACCAGCGUCAGAUUUCUUAGGUUUCUGUACCUUAUCCGACAAUGGCAACACUGGUGGCAAACAGGGCGAUGGAUGUGAACGGCCUGGCAGCGGCUUCGAGGACACAUACCCAGGCUGUGACCAGGAACUACAUCUCUCAGCCCAGGCUAACCUACUCCACUGUAUCGGGUGUAAAUGGACCCCUGGUGAUCCUGGACAAUGUGAAGUUCCCUAGGUAUGCUGAGAUUGUUCACCUGACCUUGCCAGAUGGUACCAAGAGGAGCGGGCAGGUCCUCGAGGUGAUUGGAACCAAGGCAGUUGUUCAGGUGUUUGAGGGAACAUCAGGUAUUGAUGCCAAGAAGACAGCAUGUGAAUUCACUGGUGAUAUCUUGCGUACCCCGGUGUCAGAGGACAUGCUAGGUCGUGUGUUCAAUGGUUCAGGCAAACCUAUCGAUCGCGGGCCGACUGUUCUGGCUGAAGAUUACUUGGACAUCAUGGGUCAGCCCAUCAAUCCUCAGUGCCGCAUCUACCCUGAGGAGAUGAUCCAGACUGGCAUCUCGGCCAUUGAUGGCAUGAAUAGCAUUGCUCGAGGACAGAAGAUCCCCAUUUUCUCUGCUGCUGGGCUGCCCCACAAUGAGAUUGCUGCCCAAAUCUGUCGUCAGGCUGGCCUGGUGCAGAAGUCCAAGGAUGUGAUGGACUAUAGUGCAGACAACUUUGCCAUUGUCUUCGCAGCCAUGGGGGUCAACAUGGAAACGGCCCGUUUCUUCAAGUCUGACUUUGAGGAAAAUGGCUCUAUGGACAAUGUCUGCCUUUUCCUCAACUUGGCCAACGACCCCACCAUCGAGCGCAUCAUCACUCCCCGCCUGGCGCUGACUACAGCAGAGUACCUGGCCUACCAGUGUGAGAAACAUGUCCUGGUCAUCCUCACUGACAUGAGUUCCUACGCUGAAGCUCUGAGAGAGGUCUCUGCUGCCCGAGAGGAAGUACCCGGGCGUCGAGGGUUUCCUGGCUACAUGUACACAGAUCUGGCCACCAUCUAUGAGCGCGCCGGCAGAGUGGAAGGCAGAAGCGGCUCCAUCACCCAGAUCCCCAUUCUGACCAUGCCCAACGAUGACAUCACUCAUCCCAUUCCUGAUCUGACUGGAUACAUCACAGAGGGCCAGGUGUAUGUGGACAGACAGCUGCACAACAGACAGAUCUACCCACCUAUCAACGUGCUGCCCUCUCUGUCCCGUUUAAUGAAGUCUGCCAUUGGAGAGGGGAUGACCAGGAAGGACCAUGCUGAUGUGUCAAACCAGCUGUAUGCCUGUUAUGCUAUCGGUAAGGAUGUCCAGGCCAUGAAGGCCGUGGUGGGAGAAGAGGCGCUCACCUCGGAUGAUCUGCUGUAUCUGGAGUUCCUGCAGAAGUUUGAAAAGAACUUUAUUGCUCAGGGCCCAUACGACAACAGGACGGUGUACGAAACCUUAGACAUCGGCUGGCAGCUGCUGCGAAUCUUCCCCAAGGAGAUGCUCAAGAGGAUUCCUCAGAGCACCCUGGCAGAGUUUUACCCCCGAGAGUCUGCUGCUCGUCACUGAGGCACACUUCACCAUGCUCUGGCUCUGCUAACAGGCCCUGUUUCCAUGUCUCAGUAAUAAUAUCCCCCUCCUUUAGAUUCACUGUAGUGUGUUCGUGUAUGAAAAGUGUCUGAGUAAAGAGUAAGCCUAUCCUAAUCAGUCCUUAUUUAUUGUGCUGUUAUAUAUCAAGAUCUUCUUUUUCAAAUAAAGCCCAACGAAAGCAAAGCAAAAGGUUUCCUGUAGAGCCCCGUGAUGAUACCACCAUGUUCUCAGAAAUCCCUUAAGAUGUUAUUUCAUAAUUUAGUAACUGUACAGAAACACACGUACAGGUACUGGUGUUUGUUUGAAGGACGGUCAGUCCUCUUUACUCUCCGUGUUACGUGGACCUGGAUACUUUCUUCUGCCCUCUGGACCUUCUUGCUUCUUCUCUGCAUUUACAUUUUUGUGGUGUUUUGAUUUGUCUUGCAAAAACAUGAGUGAGUGUAUUUUAAAGAAAUCACAUCUGUGUGCAGAAACAGUUUAUUGUGCAACCAUGGUUCUGUGAGUUUACAUUAAAUUAUAUGACAGUG